ACUUGUGAUGAAUUGCAUGUAAAUGUUGUGUAAAGGAUUCCUGUAGACACGCCUGAACACUUAGGCCACUUCAGUGACACUUAUGCACAAGUAAAAGUCCAUAUAAAAACACAUCAAACAUCGUCCAACAUCAAACGCACAACAUUUGUCUGAACAUGACACUGUGUGUGAUUCUGGCUGUAACCUGCAUGAUGCUGUCUGGAGUGGGCAGUUUGCAGUGUUUAACAUGUUUUAGUGUGAACCCGGGCUCCUGCACUCAGAUAUGGAACUGUCCGGCUCAUUAUGAUCGCUGUGCCACAACUAUAGUUGCGGAGAACCUAAUCACCAAAGAGUGCAUGAGGAGUGAUAUUUGCAACAAUGUGUAUUCAGUGGGAGUGUCCUGCUGCUCUGGAGACCUGUGCAACGGGGCCCAGCACACGGGGGCCACCUCGCCUCUGGUAUUAGGGGUCCCCAUUAUAGCUGUCGUUAUGAUGCUUAACUGAUCUGUUUGUACAUGCAGAACAAUGAAUAUACUAACUCUCACUAGGGAAAUAUUAGUUACCC